AUGGGUGCUUGCACCUCCCGGAGAUACAGGAGCCAGAAUGUGGUCGUCAUCAACGACCCAAGGCGCUUGAGUCGCGAGGGGAACCCCGAGGACUUCCCUCCUCAGUUCCCGGAGUAUUGGGUCACGGGUGACUGCCCGCAGCCUUUCCACAACAUCGUGGAAUGUGGCACCGAAGAGGUCACUCAUGUGCAGGACAUCUUGGACCGCACCAUGUUCAUGGCCAAUGAGGUUCCGCACAAGAUGAAGAUUAGCAAGCUUUUGCGCAUCGAGGAUUCUCGCAUGUGGCACCAGUACGAGAGGAGCUGUGCGUGCUUAUCCGAGGCUCGAACUCAGGAGGACGAGCCUGCGGACGUUAUCCGCACACCAUUUUCUGGCACGCUGCAGCCGAAGCCGCUGACGUGGCGUCUGGCGCCGGAGGAGCUGCGAAAUCGGCUCCGCUUGGAGUGCAAUGAGGCCUACCUCUGGCACGGCACUGACCGGAAGUCGGCGGAGGGCAUCAUUGGACACCACUUCGACAUGAAGCGCGCGGGGUCCGUCAACGCAAAGGCUUUGGGGAGAGGCGCCUACUUUGCAGAGACCUCCUGCCUAGCCGACAAGUAUUCUCCGCUUGGCCCUGACGGCCUUCACUCUCUUCUCCUUGUCCGGGCUGCUUUGGGCCGUGUGUAUGUCGAGACGCGGUACACCAAAUGGCGCGGCGGCAGGCUGAAGCGGAUGGUUUCUGCCAAGAACGUGGUGAAGGAGGGUAAGUACGACAGUGUGUUGGGCGAUCGGAAGUAUGCCUUCAACACGGAUGCACGCGAGUAUUGUGUGUCCAACACUAGCCAGCUCUAUCCGGAGUACAUGUUGCUUUAUUCGCGGGAGGAUGAUCCUGCCUUUCUGCCGGGACAACCAGGGAAGUGA